AUGGCUCCAAUCGACUUUUUGUUUCAUCUCGGCGCUCUCCUUGUGCUAUUUGCACGAGUAGUCAUCGCGGAUCCGGCGUUGACGAUUGUGCCAGUGAAUUCGACAGUCACCGACGCCCCUUUGUUCGACUUUGAGACCACACAGCUCACUGACGAUGUCAUCGCAAGUCUGUCUACCAGAGACCAGAAGCUGUUCGGCUUCGACAAUAGCGCUGUCAAUUCGGGUCUCUUCAGAAGGAGCGGAGAAUGCAAGAUCUUCCCGGGAGACGAAGAGUGGCCCUCGAAAGAGACCUGGGAUAGGUUCGAUGCGUUAGCCGACGGGGCGUUGAUUCCUACCAUUCCUCUUGCGGCUCCGUGCUACAAGAACUGGGGACUCUAUGACGCCAGGAAAUGCGCGGAGAUCUCGAAGAAUUUCACAAAUCCGUAUCUUCACGAAGCGGAUCCAACGUCUAACAUGUGGCCCAUUUUCCAAGGACGGACAUGCCUUCCAUACGACCGGCCAAAUGGUACCUGCACGCUGGGCUCUUUCCCGUCGUAUGCAGUGAAUGUGUCGACUGUUGCGCAUAUCCAGCUGGCGCUGAACUUCGCUCGAAACAAUAACAUGCGGCUUGUCAUCAAGAACACCGGCCACGACUACCUCGGCAAGUCCCUUGGAGCCGGCGCCCUGAGCAUCUGGACGCACAAUCUCAAGGAUAUCCAGUUCAUCGAAAACUACAAGAGCGAUUCCGGUUACGAGGGCAAGGCGAUGAAAAUAGCCGCUGGUGUCACAGUAAGGGAGGUGUACCAAGCAGCGCAUAAGUACGAGGUCACGGCACUCGGAGGAAUCUGCGAAAGUGUGGGAUAUGCGGGCGGCUACAUUGCUGGCGGCGGCCACACGCCGAUGAGCGGAUACUAUGGCAUGGCCGCAGACAACGUGGAAGCGCUUGAAGUCGUAACAGCUGAUGGGCGGUUCGUAACAGCAUCCAAUACUUCGAACCCAGAUCUGUAUUGGGCCCUGCGAGGGGGCGGAGGGAGCACGUUCGGCGUGGUAACCUCGGUCAUCAUCCGCGUCCAUCCCAAGGUGCCGAUCGUUACCUCAUCUUUCACUAUCGGAACUGGUGGUAACGUCACGAAAGAGUUACUCUGGGAAGGCAUCAGGAAGUACUUCGAGAUGUUCAUCCCCUUCACGGACGCACACACGUAUUCCUACUUCUGGAUCUGGGCUCAGAACGACGGUCUCCAAUUCCAGAUGGUCCCGUUCUUUGCACCGAACCACACCAUCGACUCCUUCAACGCGCUUGUGAAGCCGUGGUUCGACCGCCUGCACGAGCUCGGUAUCCAAUUCACGCCUAAAACAACCCUAUACGACUCCUUCUACCCGGCGUACAACGAAAACUGGGGCAACGACACUGUUGCAGGCCUCACCGCCCUCCCCGGGAAUCGCCUCUUCCCGCGCGGCAACUGGGAAGACCCCGAGAAGUUCAAAAAAAUGUUCGCAGUUCUCAGAAAUCAGAGUUUGAGUGGAAAGUCUAUGGGCGGCUAUCACCAAGCGCCGCGCAACAGGAUGAACGUCGACAACGCCGUAUCCUCCGCCUUCCGGCAUGUCAUCAGCUUCCUCAUUGGUGCUGCUAUCGUCGAAGGCGCGGAGAACGCGACGGCUGCUGAGCUGCAAAAGGCCACUGAUUCGCUCACGUACGAUGUGUUGGGGCCGUGGCGCGAGGUUGCGCCCGAGAGCGAGUUCGGCGGGAGCUAUUUGAACGAGGCGAAUGUUAUGGAACCGAGGUGGCAGGAGAGCUUUUACGGCACGCAGUAUCCGCGGCUGUUGGAGCUGAAGAAGAAGUGGGAUCCUAAGAGUGUGUUUUAUGCCACCACAGCGGUUGGGAGUGAGGAGUGGGAGGUGAGAGACGGAGACCAGGGGACGCAGACGCAAAAUGGGAGGUUGUGUAGAGUGUAAUACGUCUCCGGCACCAAACACAUC